UCCGAUGGAGGGGCCACGGCUACCUCCUGCCUCUACCACCACCGCUACCGACAAUGAAAACAAAACAACUAAUCCUCCUUCUACGUGUCAUCGUCCCUCCGGCAGCCUUCCCCAACUCCCUUCAUCUGAUUCCCAAGUUUCUUCACCCCCACAACAUUUUCGUAACCAUUCUUUGAAUCUUUCCCCACACUUGUCAUCUUCUUCUCCUCCUCCUCCUGAUCCAAUCCCAGAGAUCGAGACGUACGUAGUGCAGGUUCCAAGGGAUCAGGUUUACUGGACCCCUCCUCCAGAUAAUGCAAGGAUCGUCGAAAGACGCAGAAACAGCGAGCCGGGGAAAAAUAAGAAAAGAUUGUGUUCUAAACGAUGCAUGUGGAUAUUCAUCUCUGUGGUCUUCAUCGGACUCAUCAUAUGCGCGAUUGCAUUCAUCGUCGGUUUUGUAUUCAAACCGGAACCUCCGGUUUUCAACGUAAACAAACUCGAGAAAUCUCGCCAUUUCGAGAUCAUGCUGACAUCCAAGAACCCAACCUCCACCAUGUGGGUGACCUACAAAGGUCUCGUUUCCCUCAUGUACAAAAACAAGAACCUUGGCCAAGGGAAUUUCCCGGAGCUGUCACUAGCUGUGUCGGGUUCCCAUACGGUCAACCUAGAGCUAGAAGGGUCCAAGAACGCAGAUAUGCUGCCGCCUGAAGUGGUUAGUUUGGUAUUGACGAUGGGGCUCAAUGCGGGAUUCGGCACGGGCUUGGUGAAACGGGACAAGAAAGUUGCAGUGACAUGUGAUAUUAAGGUUAAAGGAUUGUUAGAUGCUAAGAACGUUGAGAUUGUGUCGGAGAGUUGUGAGAGUGAGUUCAUUAAAUAAAACAAAUUCACACUCAACAAAAUUAUAUUUUGUCUUUUAUAUAGGUGAAAUAGCGAGCUUUAUUUCUUAUCAUGUGUAAGCUAAUUUUUUCUUUUCUU